AUUUCCCGUUGACGUUUCACAAAAUGUCGGUACUUCCGGUCCAGUUGGGAUCCGAUUUAUAUUCCGAGAAACAGAAACCCCGAGGGUCUGGCCCUCACUGACCAUUGAUUGGACAUGGAGAAGUUUGGGGUGAACUUUGGUCCAAGUAAGAAAGAUCUUCUGGAAACCAUUGAGACGCAGAAGAAGCAUUUGUUGCAAUAUCAAACCCGCUUGAGAGAUGUUGUCCGUGCCUACAAAAGCCUUCUGAAGGAGAAGGAGGCUCUGGAGGCCAGUAUCAAGGUCCUCUCAGUCUCACAAGAGGCUGAUAGGAGCUUACAAAGCCCGGAGCCUGGUCGUGCAACUCCUGCCUGGUGCUCGGACCUUGGUGAUGAGAAAUGUUCGAUCCACAGUGAGGACAGUGCAGGGACUAUGAACAGUGUGGAAACCGCAGCAAGUGUGAGCAGCAGCACGAAGGGGGAGCAGAACGAAGACCUGGUGGCAGCAGGAACCUUGUCCCCAAAGUGUGAGGAAGCUAAUGGUUCUGAGAGCGGCCUGACUGUUGGCAGCACCGAACAGCCAAUCACUGGUGACGGUGACAGGAAGAUGCUACAGCUGAAAAGCCAAUUGGCGACACUAACCAAUGCCUUGGCGACUGUUACUCAGGAGAAAUCCCGAAUGGAGGCCUCCUAUGUGACAGACAAGAAGAAAAUGAGGCAGGAGUUUGAGGAUAUGACCCAGGCUUUAGAAGAGAAAAAUACCAAAUAUGAAGCUGAAAUGAGAAAGUUUCAGGAGCAGCUGUCAGAGGCCAAGGCUCGCAUCAUCACCCAGCAACACGAGCGCUCACAGGAGCAGAGCGACCAUGCCUCCAUGCUGCGGGAACUCCAGAAGCUGCUACACCUAGAACGAGCUUCACGACACGAUGUGGAGCUGAAGCUGGAGGAGACCAAGGAGGUGCUGACAUCAAAGACCCAGACGGCGGAGCGGGUGGACGACUGUGAAUCUCAUGUGAAGCAGCUGAGUCAAGAGGUGGCCGGGCUGAAGCAGGCACUGCAUUUGGCUGAGGAAGAGAAGAAGAAACCAGACCCACGAAUUCAGCAACUCGAGGAAGAGAUCAGCGAAGUCAAGAACCAUUUUCAGGCUCAGCUGCAGCUGGAGAUGUGGAAGGCAGCUCAAGCUGAGGACCAGCUACAACAAUACUCCCAAAUGGAGGAGGAACGUGUAGCAAACCUUGAGGCACGUGUAUCUGAACUUUCUGAUCUUCUCGGCACUUAUGACAAGACCAAGCAUAAAGAUCAGAUAACUGUUCAGAAAUUGAAGGACCGUAUAAUGCAACUGGACAUGGAGAACAAGACGCUAGCUAUAGCGGCCUCCAGGAGAGCUACAAUGGACUUGACCUUGGAUGAGUCCAAUCUCGACAUCAAUAUCUUGAGAGACCGAAUGGAGAAACUGAAGAAAAUGCUGCUGUUGGCGAUGGGAAGUUCCCAGGACAUGCCACUGGACAUUGAGAAGCUGUGGGAGAUGGAGUUCAGCAGCACAGGGGACACUUCAGAUGGAGAGAAAGCUUCCAUUUUCUAUUAUCAGCAAGAGCUGAAGCAACUGAAGGAAGAGUUUGAACGAUACAAAAUGAGGGCUCAAGUCGUCCUGAAAAAUAAGACAGUCAAAGACGGCAGCACCAGCAAAGAGCUGGAGAGUGUCCGUGAGCAGCUGUGUGAACUGAAGGAGAAGUAUAUCGCUUUGCGACUCGUCUGCGAUGACAUGGAGACCAAACACAAAGGUGAAAUGGAAGCAAAGAGAAUGGAGAUUAUCCAACUCCAACAGGCGCACAAGACAGAAUUGGACAAGAUCGCAGGCGAAUGUCAUAAGCGAGUUAUUAAAUUGGAAGAGGAAAUGCAUAAACACCGGGACCAGACAAUGGCCGUCUUAGCAGAGAAGGAUCGUGACUCGGAAUCCUUUCGUUUGGGCUCCAAUGUGGGACACAGCGCAUGUAGUGAGAACAGGGGGCGUGGCUUAGAUCAGGAAGACCUUCAGAACGAUUUGUGUCAGGAUAUUCUGAAGCACACGGUUGCAGGGCCCAGUGAACCUGCUCUGCUUCACUACACUGAGCAGGCAGCUCGCAAGGAGCUUGAGGUAGUGACCCUCAGGAAACAGAAACACAAAAUGGAAACUGUGCUGCAGCAGUGGGAGGACAAUCUCUUGAUGGAGAAGGAGCAGCACAAAGAAGAUGUUGACAAACUCCAAGACCAGAUACAGAAAUGUCUGAGGGAUAAGAAACGCGAAGGUGCCAACCUUGAGUACGUCAAAAAUAUAAUCUAUCGUUUCCUGACGCUGCAGGACACGCUCGGGCGGCACCAGACACUGACGGCCAUUAUGACCAUCUUACACUUCAGUCCCCAGGAGAAGCAGCAGGUCCUGCAGCAACAGGGAGGCCGUUGGUGGGGAUCUGCCAAACACUGACGUAAUCUGCACUUUGUCUUCAUUUUUUUUAAAACCGGCUCAUCACUGAGUGAAGUUGACCGGAGGCUUUCUGAGGCCAGGGAUGCUCUGCAGAUUUACCAAUUGGUAGGAAGUAAAAGCUCCUGAAAUGCCUGGUAACUAAUGACAAUGGUUUACUUUAUCAGGAGAUGAAACUGAUGUUAUUACAUCUCGUUAGACAAGUAGAAGUUCUGAAUCCUGGCUUAUUAGAGAAGCAAGACUGAAAUGAUUCUCUUGUGAUCUGGAACCCACUUUUCACUGCCAGUAAAUAUCAUCCGCUGUGUUUCAGCAACAAAGGAAAGUCACCUCUUCAUAGUUCAUGGCAUUGCUUCUGACUGGUUUUUGUUCUUUUUUCUUUAGUUUGUGUUUAUUUUAUUGUCAAAAAGCACUUUGCUUCUUUACUGAAGAUCUUGAGUCAGAAUACAUAUCACUUUUGUAACGAGUUACAAAGAGCAGUUUAUACUGAAGCUGGAAAUCCCUGGAGAAUUAAAGAUAAAUCUGAUUUGA